AUGCCCAUCGUUAUGACAGUAGCGCUGGUCAUUGCACUCCUGGCACUGGGGAUUUUUCUACUCUUCAUGCUCUUCAGGCAAAAGCACAGCAGCUCAAAAACCUUGGAGAACAGCAGCACUAUACCCCUGCGAAGAUGUCGAGGAGAUGUGUGCAAGCUGAACACACAGAUCCCGGUGGAGGAACUGCUGGAGACUCUCAAGAGGCUUAAGAUGGCAGAAAUAGAGGCUGAGCAGACAGAGGAUGAAUCAGUCGACAGGCAUGGCACUGGACGUCUGAGAGAGUAUGAGCAACUGUCGUCCGCUUUGUUGCAUCCCUGCGAUGCUGGGAAGGAGCUAAGUAAUCAGAGCAAGAACCGCUACAAGAGCAUCAUCCCAUAUGACCACUGCCGUGUGGUGCUACAGCCCUCUGACAUGGGGAAUGGCUACAUCAAUGCCAGCUACGUGGAUAGCUACCGGAGUCCACGCUUCUUCAUUGCAGCUCAAGGUCCCUUGCCUGGGACGGUGGUGGAUUUCUGGCAGAUGGUCUGGCAGGAGAAGACCUCAGUCAUCGUGAUGCUGACGGGCUUAGUGGAGCAGAACAAGGUAGAGAAUCCAUCUCAGCCUGUGCUCAGCACCAAGUGUGAGCAGUAUUGGCCAGAGCAGGAGCAGGUCUACGGGGACUUCACCGUGACACUCAACAACACCAGGACCACUACAGGCCUUGUCACACGCAUCUUCUGCCUGCGGAAGGCAGGCUGUUCUCUCCCAAGAGUGGUGGAGCAGUUUCACUACCUGCUGUGGCCAGACCACGGGGUCCCCAGAAACCCUGCCCAGCUCCUGUCCUUAGUGGAGGUCAUGAACAAGAGAGGGUCAGAAGCGCCUGCUGGACCUGUGCUGGUGCACUGCAGUGCAGGGAUCGGGCGCACAGGUACCUUCAUUGCCCUGGACUUCCUCCUGAAGAUGGGGAAGGCCGAGGGAAAGGUGGAUGUGUUUCACUGUGUGCAGAGGCUGCGGGAGCAGCGGGUCAGCAUGGUGCAGACCAAGGAGCAGUACACCUUCCUGUACGAGGUGCUGCUCGAAGGCUUGCUCUGUGGCAGCACUGGGAUUCCUGUGGAGAGCAUCGCCAGCCAUAUCCGCUGCCUUCGAGAAGCUGAGACCUCAAAGCACAACAAUGUCCUUGAGAAGGAGUUCAAGGCCCUGCAGAAGUUUUCUGAGUUAUUCCAGCUCUUGCCAUGCAGCGAAGCGGAGAAACCCUGCAACCAGCCCAAGAACCGCAAGCCAGAGAUACUGCCAGCGGAUUCCUGCCGGCCCAUCCUGAUGUCCUCACUGAAUGCAGAUGGCUCACCAGGUUACAUCAACGCCGUGUUUGCCAACACAUACACCGAGGAGGACAGACUCAUCAUCACCCAGCUGCCUUUCGCCACCACACUGGCGGAUUUCUGGGCUCUGGUCUGGGAUUACACCUGCACAUCGGUGGUUGCGUUGAACCAGCUCCAGGAGUUGGACAAGACAUAUGUGGAGUUCUGGCCCACCCAGGGUGAAGCUGCCUAUGGCCGUUUCCAUGUCCACCUAAUCUCAGAGGAGCCUGGAGUGGGUUUCACAGCCUGGACACUUGCCCUCACCAACAAGCAGCAGCCCAAGAAGCCUGCACUGGAAGUCCGGUUCUGGCAACUGAAGGACUGGCCCAUGCAGCAACGUCUUCCCCCGCACCCUGCAACCAUCAUCAGCCUGCUAGGAAAGGUGGAGACACACCAUCGGCAGAGCCAAGACGGACACAUCCUUGUCACCUGCUGGGAUGGUGCCAGCCGGAGCGGAAUCUUCUGUGCUGCUAGUUUCCUGUGUGAGCAGAUCCAAAGCGAGGGGCUGGUGGAUGUAUCCCAGGCUGUGAGGAUGCUCAAGCGGCGGCGGAGACAACUGAUUAAAGAUGUGGAGCAGUAUGGGCUCUGCUAUGAACUAGCCCUCAGUUACCUGAAUUCAUUUGAAACCUAUGGCAAUUUCAAGUAG